AUGGCUUCGACGUCCGGCGUGGUGCGCCGGCGAGGAGCUGGUGCGGCGACCGGCAACCCCGAGGACGAAGGCAGCCGCGUGGCUUCACCUGCGCCCAGGAACGACCGCGACCGCGCGCCGGAAACGUCCUACGAGAACUCGGAGAACGGCCACAAGAUCGCCUUCGACCCGCGCGACAUCAGCGAGAAUGCCGAGCGCAGCAAGCAGCCGAAGCUGACGCUCAUGGAGGAGAUCAUCCUGAUGGGGCUCAAGGACAAGCAGGGCUACCUUUCCUUCUGGAACGACAACAUCUCGUACGCGCUGCGCGGAUGCAUCGUCAUUGAAUUGGCCUUCCGAGGCCGCAUAAGCAUGCAGAAGGACUCGUCGCGGCGGCGCUUCCCGCUCGCAGACCGCGUCAUUGAGGUCGUCGACGACACGCUGACGGGCGAAGUGCUGCUGGACGAGGCCCUGAAGAUGAUGAAGUCGAGCGAGAAGAUGAGCGUCAACUCGUGGAUCGACCUCAUGAGCGGCGAGACGUGGAACCUCAUGAAGAUCGGCUACCAGCUCAAGCAGGUCCGCGAGCGCCUCUGCAAGGGCCUCGUCGACAAGGGCAUCCUGCGCACCGAGAAGAAGAACUUCCUGCUGUUCGACAUGGCCACACAUCCCGUCGCCGAGGGCGCAGCAAAGGAUGAGAUCAGGCGUCGCGUGCGCAACCUCCUGACCAGCCGCACCAUCGUGCUCGCCGGCAGCCAAUUCCUCCCCGAAGAACUGGAGUUCCGGACUCUGCGCACCGUCGCCAUGGUCUGUGCCGCCUACGCCGCCAACGUGCUCGAGAACGCUCUCACCACACUGGGCCACGAGGCAAGGGAGCGUGCAUUUGCGCAGGUCGACGAACUACUUGCAGAGUACUCGCAAUGGCCGUUUGCAAGAAGAGCGGGCGGCAGUCAGGGAGUCGGCGCGAAUCUGGGGCAGCUGAUCAACGACGAGAUCAACACCGGCAAGGACAGGGAGCUGCAGAUGGAGGUGGUUGCUGCGUGUCUGAGUGUCUUCACAAGGCUCGAUUCUCUCCUCUAA